UGGGACCACAGAGGACAUGAGCGCACAGCUUUUAGUCUUUGCGCUCCUGGUCUGCCAAUUAUUCAGCACAAUUAGAUGCCGUAAAUGUGUCAGAAAUUGGGAUAAUGAUGGAAAAAACAGAUGCAUAUGAUCCGUACCGGCGACCAGCACGGAGAACACAAUGGAUAGUAAGCACUUUGGCGUACCACUAUGGUUUGGAUCGUGGAGUGGAGAAUGAAAUUAUUGUCCUGGCUACAGGGCUAGAUCAAUAUUUGCAAGAGAUCUUCCAUCAUAUGGAUUGUCAGGGGGAUGGCAAAAUUCCUGUCGAGGAUUUUAACGUGUUAUGUGAGAUUUUGGGACUAAGCAAAGAGACAGACUUGGAAGAGUGUGCUGGAUUAUUGGAUAAUCUCCCUAAAGAGUUGACUUUCAGACAGUUUCAUGCCAAACUCUGUGGAUAUUUCAGUACUAAAGCUGGCUGCCAUUACGAGAAUGGACGUUUGUUGGUCGGUAAGGAGAGUGAACACAUCGAGACGCAAAUCCGUCUCCGGAGUCCCUUGCGGCGGAGAGAGAGGUCGCUCUCCGCGAGCAUCAGUGGGAGAGGGAGCAGAGGUUCGUCGCCCGCUUCGAACCGACGCCCCUCCGCGUGCAAGCAGGGCUCUUGUACAAGGGAAUGCUACGAAGAAAUUGUGGCACUGGAAGAAGCAGAGGACAGGGUAGCUAAACUUGAGGAAGAAAACGCAAGUUUGAGAGAGUUAGUUGAGGACAUGCGCGCUGCUCUGCAAAGUAGUGAUGCUCGGUCACUGGCUCUACAGGUUGGUCUGUGGAAGAGCCACGCCAAACACAAGCCCGAGUCAGGCUGUUUCAUCGCCCACCAGAAGUUGGUCGCCCAGAAGAGCACCAGCAGCAGCAGCACCAACCCCUCACCAAAAAGCCUCCAGAGCUUCCUGCGCGAGAUGGACAUGAUCCGGAACUCGCGGGACGCGCAGGUGGAGGAGGCCAUGCUCUUUAACCGGAAGCUGGAGCAGGAGCUGUCACGCUCCCGGGACGCCGUCUCCCUGCUGGAGGACUGCAACCGGACGCUGAAGCGGGAGCAGCAGGGGAUGCGGAAGAAGGUGGAGGAGGCCCGGCAGGCGGUCAUCAGCGGCCUGGGAAAGGUCAAGGACCUGGAGGCCAAGGCCAGACACGUGCCGGUGCUGCAGCAACACAUCCAGCAGCUGGAGAUGGAGCUGCUGUACUACAGGUCGGAGGUGUCCAAAGUGACGGUGCCUUUCAGCAGUGCUAUGGACCUGCAGUACCGGGAGGACAGGAGGUGCUGUCUGGACGCCCGCCAGACGCGCCACUCCCCCACGGGCCACGCAGAGACAUCUCCUGACAACAUGGAGGAGCAGCUGUUCCGCUCCGUGGAGGGCCAGGCGGCGUCGGACGAGGAGGAGGACAGGUGGACGGGGGAGCAGCAGAAGCAGGUGGACGAGGUCAAGAGGAUCCUCACCAGGCUGUCCUGCUGCGGGGACAGGUGUGAUGAGAAAGCGGUGAAGCGGCUGCUGUCCCACUUCGGGGGCUCGCGGAGCGAGGAGAGCCAGAGCGCCGUGCUGGAGCUGCUGGAGCGCGUCACCCGCCUCAACAAGCAGCUGGAGCUCCGCGAGAGCCAGGCCAGGAGGAGCGACCUGGACAUGGACCAGGUGAAGGACGCUCUGGUGCAGGAGCUGCAGCAGAAGGCGGAGGAGACGGAGCUGCUGCACAUGGAGCUGCAGAUGCUGGAGACGGAGAGGGUGCGGCUCUCGCUGGUGGAGGACAAGCUGGUGGACGUGCUGCAGUUGCUUCAGCAGCUGCGGGACCUGAAUGUCUCCAGGAGGUCUCUGGGAAAGAUUCUUCUGAGCACGUUGGAAUCCUGCAGCGACCCUCAACACGGGAAGGCUCACAUCCUGGAGGUACUUAAUGCCCUGUAUCAUGAACUGGCGGCGUGUGAGAUUCUAUCCAGCAGCGUGGCUCUGGAGCGGACUCAGAGCCACCAGUCGCUCACAAACGCCCUCCUCAUCUCCUGCUGAUCAGCACUGCCACCUAGUGGAGGAGGGUAUGGACUACAGGAGGUGCUGAAAUACCUUGGUCUGCUUUGCCCCCAGACACAAAUUGCCAGUCAGUUUUAAAAGUGGCGAAAACAGAGACAUGUUUGUCUGUGAAACAGAAAGAAUGUUUUCAUUAUCAGCAAAACAAGUGGCAUUUAAGGGCAUUUCAGAUAUUGAGGGGAAAUUUCCGUCUGUGUGUAAAUUGUGUUUGACAAGAGACGCUUUCAUAGGUGACUAUAUACUAUUUCACACCUCAAACCUGGACAACUGUCAAAUCUGUGACAGUUUCACUUUUCAUCUUCACACCAAACAAAUUUUCAAUAAAAGAUACCUGUGGACAAUGAUGCCAGGUCGCACAUUGUAAAUAAGACUGGGCAUACUUAUGUCAUGGUACAUGUUUUUCUAUUUGUUUCAUAUACCAUUUGGUAUUUGGUAUUGGUAAUGUGAUUACUGUGGAAAUAAUAAUUAAAAAAACAGAAUGCAUUGAAAAUUAUGAAGGUACAGGGAAAGACAAUAAGCAUAGCAUUCAACAUAAGCAUUUUUGUGAAGGCGUUGCCGCUGUGAAUUUUUUUUCUUUUUUUUUUUAUUCAUGCAUGCACCUUUCACAUUUAAUAUAUGUUGGCAUAUUUCAGUCUUAUUUGAUAUUAAAGUUUAAUUGUAUACCAUUAUUUCAGUAAGAAUUGUUUUAAAAGAAUAUACUGGUGAUGUUAUUCAGUGUAUAUAUUAUAAACUGUUUAAGUUGGUUUUGGAGGAUGUCUCAAAACUUAAAGACCGAACACUCAGUCAAGAGUAUGGGUUUGGUUCAUUAGUAUCCAUAGCAUGAGAUUUCAGACUGAAUAUGGGCUGGGUGUAGAAAUCCUAAUAUCAGGAUAAUUUCUGAUUUGUUGCCUCCAAACAGACUCAUUUAUUUGAAAAUAAUAAUAAUAAUAAUAAUUGAGACUGAUAUGUACAGCAUAAUGCCAUUAUGAGACAUAACUUGAGGUGUUUUUUAUGUUUUUUUGUUUGUUUGUUUCUUUGUAUUUGUUUGUCAGUCCUACUGUAUGUUUGUUUGUUUUCAUUGUGAAAUAUCUCCAUUCCUCUUGUACUGCAACUCCGUCCUCAUUGAAAUGUGUACAACUGUGUAAUCCAUUAGAUCUGACUAUAUUGCCAGGUGAUUUAGGCACUUGAGGUAGCUAUUUUAUUAUGCAAGCUUAAGAAUACAGUAUUUCUCAAAUGUAAGCUACAAUUUACUGAGGCUCUUUGACAUGGUUAUUUGGCAGAAAAUACAUGCUAAGUAUUGGUGUCAGGGAAACAGACAACUAAGCCAAUAACCAUAUUGAUACUGUGUGUGAACUCUGUGGCGCUUUUUCGCAAAAAGAUUUUGGUAUAUGUUCUGACACAGACUCUCAAACGCACUCGUUUAUUUGGUACAGACCUGUAGGCUACGGUACACAGUGCUAAAUCUAUCUCUGAUGUCUUUUUGCAUUGCUUGCCUACAAAUAGGCUACAUGUUGGACAAAUAUUUGUAAUAUUCAUAACCAAUGAAAAUAUCAUGUGAUGUAAUAUUGAGGAGAUAACACAAAAAUAUACUCAAUGUGUCAUAGCUUGAGAAGUUUUUUUAUGAAAAUGAUUUGACUUUGAUUAAAGGGUCAAGUGUAGCAAUGUUGUAUUUUCACAUGUAGUCAUUCUUUGGAAUGUUUCCCUAAGGAUGGAAGUAAA